CGCGUGCUCACUCGGUGCCGCGCGGGCCUCUGAACCUCCGCGGACACCCUAGCUUUCGGCUGCUGCUCUCCUGGCGGCUACCCUUAACCGCAGCUGGUGGGUACGGCAGCUCUUUGGGGACAAAAGUCUUCCCUCUUCGUUGCGCUCUGCUUCGUACUUCGUAUUUUGGGCAAAUCUGAGAAGGCAGGUAUUAGCGCCUCCAUUGAGCUGCUACCAGAGAGGUAGGAGAAGGCUGAGCCUGGCGCGGAGUUCGGGCUGACUGGGCCCUAGGCCCGCGAAACGCCGUCGCUGCCCGGAUGUUGCGAUGGCUGAUCGGGGGAGGCCGAGAACCUCAGGGACUGGCCGAGCAAUCUCCUUUACAGACAAUAGGUGAAGAACAAACUCAGAACCCCUACACUGAACUGCUUGUACUGAAAGCUCAUCAUGAUAUUGUACGGUUUCUGGUACAGUUAGAUGAUUACAGAUUUGCAUCUGCUGGUGAUGAUGGAAUUGUAGUUGUGUGGAAUGCCCAGACAGGAGAAAAACUUUUGGAACUCAAUGGACACACUCAAAAGAUAACAGCUAUUAUUACAUUUCCUUCUUUGGAAGCUUGUGAAGAAAAAAAUCAACUGAUCUUGACAGCCUCUGCUGACAGAACAGUUAUUGUAUGGGAUUGUGAUACUGGCAGACAAGUUCAGAAAGUGUCAUGCUUCCAGUCUACUGUAAAGUGUUUAGCUCUUCUUCAGAGACUAGAUGUUUGGCUUUCUGGUGGGAAUGACCUCUGUGUGUGGAACCGAAAAUUAGAUCUCCUGUGUAAGACUAGUCACCUUUCUGAUACAGGAAUCAGUGCUUUAAUUGAAAUACCUAAGAACUGUGUUGUGGCAGCAGUUGGCAAAGAACUGAUAAUUUUCAGGCUGGUAGCACCCACGGAGGGAUCACUAGGAUGGGAUAUUCUUCAAGUUAAGCGCCUCCUUGAUCACCAGGAUAAUAUUCUCUCACUGGCUAAUGUCAAUGAUUUGAGUUUUGUAACUGGCUCCCAUGUUGGAGAGCUCAUCAUCUGGGAUAUCCUGGACUGGACUGUGCAGGCCUGUGAACGCAACUUCUGGGACCCAUCUCCACAGCUGGACACUCAGCAAGAAAUAAAACUCUGUCAAAAGCCAAAUGACGUUUCUAUUCAUCAUUUCACAUGGGAUGAAGAGAAUGUAUUUGUUGCAGUUGGAAGGGGUUUAUACGUGUAUAACCUUCAAAUGAAGCGUGUGAUUGCCUGCCAGAAAACUGCACACGACUCCAAUGUCCUGCACGUUGCCAAACUUCCAAACAGGCAGUUAAUCUCAUGCUCAGAAGAUGGCAGUGUACGCAUUUGGGAGUUACGAGAAAAACAGCAGCUUGCAGCUGAACCUGUACCAACAGGUUUUUUUAACAUGUGGGGAUUUGGAAGAGUAAAUAAACAAGCCAGCCACCCUGUUAAAAAACAACAAGAAAAUGCCACUUCAUGUUCACUAGAGCUUAUUGGAGAUUUAAUUGGACACUCAUCAUCUGUGGAGAUACGGAGUUUUACAGUCAGAUCCAAAGAAGUCUCCAAGAUGUUUCUGUACUUUGAAGAUCAUGGACUAGUGACAUGUUCUGCUGAUCAUCUCAUUAUUUUGUGGAAAAAUGGAGAACGAGAAUCUGAAUUGCGCAGCUUAAAGUUAUUUCAAAAAUUAGAGGAGAAUGGUGACUUGUAUCUUGCUGUCUAGUUUAAGGAAUUUGAACACCUGUGCAUGAACAGCAAAUAUAGGGGUAAUACUCUGAAAACCAUUACCAUAUUAAUCACUUAAAUUUUGUAAUUUUUUUUUCUUGUUACUCCAUAAAAUUCCAAUUGUUUGUUUGAAUUCUUUUUUCUGGGGCUGCAAACCAGCAACAAGUUGCUUCUCAGGUAUUAGUACAUUCACAAGUUUUUCAUUUGACUUUUCACAUAACAGUUACCUGAAACCAUUGAAGGAAUGGGUCUAAUUUCAGCAGUGAAUUUUCAGAAAGUGAAGUUUUCAGAGUUCAUCACAUAUACCUGUUGAAGCAGAAUUAAAUUAUACCACACUGUCCUCACAGAGAUAAAUUUUUUAUGCUUUGAAAAAAAUUCUACACCAGAAAUUAUAUGAGCUUAUGUUUAAACGAGGAGAAGAGUACUUGGAAGCUCUCACUCUCUUUAAUGAACCUCUCACUCUCUUUAAUGUAAUUAUAUUGCCUCUAACUAAAUUUUUAUUCAUCACCAGGGAUUAGAUUUUUAAAAUAUUACAUGUAAUUUCUUUCAUUUAGCCUUUUUGGAUUUUGAAAUACCUGACUUUUUGUUCUCCAAAGUUAGUAUUUUAACUAUACCUGUCAUUGUUUUAAAGAUUUAUUCAAGGAGAACUUACUUUUAUGGAAAUAAAUAUACAUGAUCAUUAUAGAUGAUAUUUUGGGAGAAAAAUGAAAAAUCCAGUGAAGAGUAAAUAGGUAGGAUGUAGCAUAUCUUGGAAUUUAAACCUUGAGAUGAUGAUAGCUAGAAAACUGAUGCCUCCCUGUAGGAAAUGAAGAUUCCAUAAUAAUUGUACUUUGUGCUGCUAUUGAAGUGGUGAGUGCUGUGUUUUAAGCUUCUUAAUUUGAACCUAGACCCUGGGAGGAGGUAGAAAUAGAAAUAACAGUAUUUUUUAUUCUUUGGUUUUCUUUAGAGCCUGUUUGUUUGAUUAAGAAUUCUUGUGAUAAAUUUAAAUAUAUCCUUUCUCCUACAAAUCCCCCUGGUCUUUAGUAACUUUCAAUAUUCUAAAUAUGAAGCAAACAUGAAUCUCUCUCUGUUUUAACUACAGCUUUUUUUUUUGGUGCCAACUAAUUUGUUUAAAUCAUUUAAAAAAAAAAUUCUAGCUACUAAAAUCCCUAUAAACUCAAAUCAGGAGGAAUCUUAUUAGGGUGUAUUUUUUUCCCCCUAGCCUGAACAGCUAUUGACUAGAUUCUUGGUAAUAGACGAGCAGCUGCCCCUCAUAUAUGCCAGAGAUGAGAGCUAGAUCAGUAAAGUUACAGUGUUUCCAAAGUGCCUGAUUCAUCUUACCAUUGGCUCAAAUAUGAAAUGCUUGAGACAGACAGGCAUUGCUUAUGAGUUUCUUGCAGACCACUGAGAGAGAUUUAAUCAUCUUCACUUCAUCACCCCAUCAGCCUUAGAGCACUCUUUCUCCCUUUUGGUACUAAAGAAUAAAAAUUUAAAAGUGUUCCAUACAUUAAAAAAUGGGUGGGUUUAAUUGUGGAGUUAAACUGUUGAUGAAAGUAUCGUAUUGAAGUAAACAACAGGUGGCUGAUGUGUCUGUCAGAGGACUAAUCCUUCUCAAAGAACACUUUCUGGAUUUAUUUGUUCAUCACACACACCCUAAUGGACUCUUUGUAAAUUGUUGUUUUCACUAGCUUUACCUUUGACAGUUGUUGUUUCCUCAACUACCUACAAAGUCUGGAAGAGCUAUGGUCAUCUAUGACAGACCAGUGCCAUAAUGUUAUAAAUAAGGAAGCUGAAGCCCAGUCAGGUAAGGCCUUCCAGUUAGUUAGCUCAAUUCUCAUUAGCAGUAAACAAAUUUAAAAACAAACUGAACAUGACUGGAAUGAGAGAGAAGGGUUGUAUGAUUACCCCUUGAGCAAAACCAGAUAAUGUUCAUAGUCAUUGUUUCUGUUUUAAUUCACAAUGAAAAUACCUUUAUGGAGAAAUACAAUAAAAUUUAUGUAACUAACUUCCAUUAUAUAAUAGAAGAAUGUGAAUAGAAAAAUUAGCACUGCCUUUUAGCCAACAGAUUGUUGUUAUCGUGGCAUAUUUGAGCAGUCAUACUGAGGCACCUCUAAUCUUUCAUCCUGAAAUUGGAACCUGGGUAGGAUUCCUAAACCAGGCAGACAUGCAUUUUGAUCUGAGUGCAUCAGAUUAUUGAUGAGAGUCAUUUUUAGGCUUUUAAUUUUCCUCCAUAGAUGGACUUUCUCCUAUUAACAGCUAGCUUUUUCUUGGGAGAUUCUACUAUUAGGUCAUGAGUUUUAAAGUUUUCUUGAAUUGUAUUAGAUAUUCAAUGAAUUAUAAAAGGAAUUCAUAGAUUCUUAACUGCUUUUUUUCCUAAUUUGUUCUGGUUUAGUAUUAUGUAAUAGUAAUCUAUUCACGUGAAUGAUACAAACCACAGGUGAGUUGGGGGAGCAAAUAGUACUGAAAGUACCACUGUGAGUCCCUCUGUUAUUAAAAUCUAGAGGAAAACCUCCAACCCAUUCACGGGAACCUGAUGGUUUUUGCUUUCAUGAAUGCCCUAAGGUCAGAGAUGGAGUAAAACAGUGAGAUGGGAAAAUCUAGCAGGGACUCAGACUUGAUGGCUGCUCACUAGUUGUAUGCAGACUGCUGCAAAAAGUUGAACUUUCAAAUUAGAAGAAUACAACUAUAACUGAGGUCGAUAAAUAAAUAUUAUGUGCAUUUUUUCCAUUUCUCUAGCUUAGCUUUCAGUGCUGUUAAUAUUUGCAACACCAGAAGUAAUACUAUGCAGUGGGCCUUGUCAUUUUUAAAUAAAAAUACCCUUAUUACCUCAUUCUGUGGCUUAGUCACAUAACACAAUCAAGCGCCUAAACUUAAGGGACAUUGUAUUUAUCUUUCUCAAGUUGAGUGCGUUCUGAUUAAUAGAUGAGGCUUGUUCUUUGCCCACAAGACUAACCAGUCCUAACUCUGAAGGCAAGCAUAUUUUAAAAUCUUAAAUUGGAAGUAAAGAAUAGCCUAAAUAAAUUAUAGGGUUAUUCUGGUCCCAGUAACAGUGUUUUAUAACUAACUUCUGGUUAAGUAGUAAUGUGACUUCUCUCUAGAUUAGAUCAUGUUAUAUUUUCCUAAAUUAAUAGGGUUCCCCUCAACACAGACUUAAGCUCAGUAUGAGAGACAAUUAUAAUAGUUUAUACUCACUCAUCCAAUACACAUACCAUCUGAAAGACUAUUUGGAGGAAUGCACUAUUUAGUUAGCAACUCAGUAGAAGAUUACACCAUAGUAGAUUACACUGAUAAAGAGCAGAGCUAUGCUAAAGCUUUAGUACCUGGCAGUGUUAAUAUGAAAUUAAUUUGAAAUUAUACUGAGUCAGCUCUAACAAACAUUCACAUAGAAAAAUGUCAGACAUCUGAUGAAUGUCACUUACCAAACGGAACCAAAAGCGAGAUGGUCAAGAAAAGAUUGUCGUUGCCUCAGGCAAGCUUCUGAAGCCUAGGCAAAUUAUUUAGCUCCUUAAAAUGGGAUUCUGACAUCCUGAAUUUAAUGUGUUCUGAAAACAAAGCGUGUGACUCAUGAAAUAAAUAACACUAAACCGAAAUAUUGAAAUUAUGAAAAAUUUAGGCCAAAGAGGUAAAAUAAAAACAGCUGUUAGGAAUGAAAAAUGGCUGUAGGAAUUUAGUUACAAGUACUUCACAAAAACAUUUUCAUCACAUUUACAUAGUGCAGCAUUACAAUACAAAGCUAGCUGCUCUCCUGACCAAGCAAGUUCUCUUACCAUCUAACAAAAAUAAUUUAGGUACAUUUCUUUGCAUGGAAUUGUCAUAUAUGUUUCCAUUUGUUGGUACAAAACAUAGAAAAAAACAUUGGCAUGUUUUGUAGUGAUAAGUAAUUUUUUCCCCCAUGUACUAGAGUUCCAAGUGUUCUGCAUUCCAAUUUUCAUUUGAAAAAAGUAACUAACUACUGGUUCAGUUAAUUUAGUCUCUGUUUGUUUACACCUCUUAGAAAUGCAGCAUGAAGUACAGAAAAUUUGAAAGAAAAACAAAGAUUUUGUUUACAGAAUCUAUAAUACAUAGAGAAGGGUUGGCUGGUAAAAGAGAAAAGAAAAUCUCAAGUCUGACUUCAUGUAGACCACAGAAAGUUGUGAAAAGAGCUGUAUAAAAAUACGCACUUGUGCUUUAGAAGCUUUUAGCAUACAAUUAAUAGCUUAAAAUACUAUUUACUGCUUCCCCAUAUGCUAUUUUCUGAUAUAUUUACACACCUUGCAAUCUUUUUUUCAUCAUUAAAGCAAAAUGGCAUGAUCUUAAAUAUAGAUAGGUUAAAAACAUCUGAACUUUGAAACUUCCUCUGUCUCCUCAGUACUCGGCACAACGUACUCCAUGGACUUAAACCCAGAAAAUUUAGAUUGUUUUAAUAAAAAUUUUAAACAGCAAAUGUAUAUAAAUUUUUUUUUUUAAAAAGCUUGUCCAAGGGCAUUCAGAUUAAUGGCUUGUAUAUAAUACCUACUAUAGUGCCUUGUAACUGCCUCUGUAAACCAGAAAUAAAGGGAAAAAGCUCUUGGAUUCCCCCCAGUCAAGAUGUCACUUCCUUCCCUGUCAUGGUUGGCUUUCUGUUAAGAUGAAUCUCUUUUGUAGGAGAGAGGACUACACAGGCUGCUGAUACCAGUCU